AGCUGCACACAGCUCUCCACGCUGCUGGGCUGUGCGCAUACACGGGCAUUUAUUGGCCUACAUAUCAGCCACAUCAGGCCGAUUUCCAAUACAGCCAAUUUUCUUUAUAUCAGUGUGGAUCCGAUAUUGCACCUCUAAAUGUUAGGGGAGUUUUAGUAAUGGAAAAUGUCCUAUCAAAUUAGCAUUCUACAGAGAAGAAACAAUAAAAAUAAUAAAAAAGAUGUUUCCCUGGAAGUUCAGUGGAAAUUCCAGUCCAAACUUGAAAUACGUUUGCUUUUACAUUUUAAAUGUAAGUAGAAAAUAAUGAGAUUUGGAUUAUGCAGCGUUCUAGGGAAAAAGAAGGGGUGAAUUACAGAGAAGAUGAAAAACAGAAGCUUAACAUCAACAGAAACAAAUUGUCAGAGACUGAAAGGAAGAAAAGAAAAGAACACCAGAUUUCUGUGGCCAUUGAUUUGAGUUAAGGGAGUACUGUUGAUGGAAACCAAAUGUGUCUUUUUACAGCAGGGGACUGGAUGCAUCUUUAAGUAUUAAACCUGUUACUAAUUAAUCUAAUUUAUCAAAUAAAGCUCUUAAAAAGUUUAAUCUCGUAAAAGGAAUUCUCACUCACUUCUAAAUGUACUCUAUUCUCUUACUAAAAAUUCUAUCCUUAAUCUCCCCACCAAAAGCUCUUUCCACGUUGCCAUCUGGAACAAAUCUCCUUAUAUUGAACAUUUUUUCCUGAAAUUCUAUCUAAAGACAUUUCCUCCCCCUUGUCUUUAAUCCCAAACUCUUUGCUAAUAUACAGGUCUAUAAUCCGUUUCAACCCCUUCCCUUCAACAGGUCCCUGAGAACUGUUUUUUCCUGGAGCAAAGACUUGCAUAUUUUAAUGUUUUCACAAUUUUUUUGCAAGUUUAGUCAACUAGUGUUAAAAUUUUUAAGAUUACUAGUUUUAUAGAAAAUAUUUGUUAACAUUUUGCUGUAACAGGGAAAAAUAUUUGAUUACUUCCCACAAAAUACCAGUACCUAUCAAAAAGCCCAAACAAAAUGUAAAGCAAAAUGUACAACACUCAUUAGAAUGUGACCCGACAUAAAGGAAAUAAGAUUUUUCUUUUUAGGUCAGAAACAAGGGUCUGCGGGUAAUCAGAAUUCCAUUGGCUACGUGGAAGUUGUCACUGAACCAUGAAGACACAAGACUAAAGCAGUUCACAGUUCAAGCUGAACACAUUUGUUAUGCAUUUCAAAUGCAGACAAAGCAGCUUGUCACAUGCCAGAUUCAAAGACAUGUUUCCAGACAUCUAAAUGCCUUCCUGAAUCUGGCCCAAACUCACAAGUAUAACAAAAUGUGAUCUUUAAACAAUUAAAAAUUCAGAUGCAGUCUAGAUCCAAAUGAGAGCCGAGCAUUUUGAACGGUGGGAAUAGGGUACAGAUUGUUCUUGGUUACAUAUGAAAAACAACAGAAGAAUUUUUCUUCCUAUCCUAGCAUGGGAAUAACAAACAUUAUAAAUAAAUUCAGAGCCACACACUGUAGAGACUUAAUAACUAAUCCUACUUGGAGUAGCCUCAAACAUCUGAACUUUGAACACAAAAAUCCUGUGAUUAAGCAAACGGUGCACCAUGCCAGAUUCAUCACUGCGCUACUGGUAACUGAUAGCACAUCUACACAGGGACACAGGAAAAUUAAGCCAAACUGAUGCUUGAAUUUAAAGCACCUAAAAUCCCUGGGUGGAUGUUCUUAUUAAGAAGCAACAAAGCCUUAACUCAUUUCCAAAGGUAACCACAGUUUCAAAUCAUCUUCCAUUACUUUGAGGAUUCACCGACACAAUUUUUUUACUUCUUAUUCAUUUAUAUUUUGAUGGACAAAGAAAAGCCUGGAAUCCCUUGAACGAACAAAUAGAAUGUCAUAUCUGUUGUAAUGGUCCUCAUGAAAGGCUUUUACUGUGAAGAUUAGAUCUGAGGAGUAUAAAUGUGCUCAUCUCAAAGACAGCGUGGAUUCUGGGAUGAAGCUAACAUUUUAGAUAACAAUACUUCAGGUUUAUGGAGCUCAGUCAGCUGAGGUGCUAAGCACCAGAGUCAACAGGAGCUGAAGAUGCUUUAGCAAGAGGCAGAAUCAGAUCCAUCGAUGAUGUGUUAACAUUUACUCAGAGCUUCCAAAAGGUUUACCAGCGCUGUUUCUAGAGGCAACCAAUGAUCAGAGCUCUGUCUGCAAGCCAUCAAAUGCUCAGUGCCGUGAACUGCCAUAUCGGAAAGGGUCACAGAACAUGAUCAGAACAGCUCUGUCAGGGGAGAUACCAAACUGGCUGCAGGGGAUUCUUCUUCGCAAUGGUCCAGGCAUGCAUACAGUGGGAGAAACUCGCUAUAACCACUGGUUUGAUGGUUUGGCUCUCAUACAUAGUUUUACAUUUAAAAAUGGUGAAGUUUACUAUAGGAGUAAGUACCUGCGCAGUGACACAUACAACAGCAAUAUAGAAGCCAACAGGAUUGUGGUAUCAGAGUUUGGAACUAUGGCUUACCCUGAUCCAUGCAAAAACAUAUUUGCCAAAGCAUUCUGCUAUUUGUCCCACAUCAUUCCUGAGUUCACAGACAACUGCCUGAUCAAUAUUAUGAAAACUGGAGAUGAAUUUUAUGCUACAAGUGAAACUAACUUCAUUAGAAAAAUUAAUCCUCAGACACUGGAGACACUAGAGAAGGUUGACUACACUAAGUAUGUAGCUGUCAAUCUGGCAACCGCUCAUCCCCAUUACGACAGUGCUGGAAAUGUUCUCAACGUGGGCACAUCCAUAGCUGGCAAAGGGAAGACAAAAUAUGUUGUAUUUAAGAUUCCUUCCUCGGUGCCAGAGGGAGAAAAGAAGAAAUCUUGUCUGAAGCACCUGGAGGUGAUGUGCUCAGUUCCUUCCCGUUCUCUCCUUCACCCAAGCUACUAUCACAGCUUUGGAGUCACAGAAAACUACAUUGUCUUCAUAGAGCAGCCAUUCAAACUGGAUAUUCCCAAACUGGCAACAGCCUACUUCAGAGGUGUCAACUGGGCUUCCUGCCUUUCCUUCCAUAAGGACAACAAGACCUGGUUUCACUUCAUAGACAAAAAGACCAAAAAAGAUAUCUCCACCACGUUUUAUACUGAUGCCAUGGUCCUUUUUCACCACGUGAACGCCUAUGAGGAGGACGGCCAGAUCAUUUUUGAUGUCAUUUGCUAUGCAGAUAGCAGCCUGUAUGAAAUGUUCUAUUUAAAAUACCUGAAUGCAGAGUUUGAAGAAAACACCAAACACUUUUCCCUACCAGCCUGCAAGCGAUUUGUGGUUCCUCUGCAAUGGGGCAAGGAUGCAGAAAUAGGUUCUAAUUUAGUCAGACUUCCAUCAACUACUGCAACAGCCCUAAAAGAAAAUGAUGGUAGCAUCUACUGUCAACCUGAAACAAUAUAUGAAGGAAUAGAGCUGCCUCGCAUCAAUUACGACUAUAAUGGCAAAAAAUACAGAUACAUCUUUGCUGCAGGAGUUCAGUGGAGUCCUGUUCCCACACAGAUCGUAAAAGUGGAUGUACUGACAAAGAAAUCCCUGACCUGGAGGGAGGAGCACUGCUGGCCGGCUGAACCUACCUUUGUCCCUUAUCCUCAUGCAAAAGAAGAGGAUGAUGGUAUUAUUUUAUCCUCCAUUGUGACAUCAGAUCCCAGGAAAGCACCGUUUCUGCUCAUCUUGGAUGCUAAAACUUUCACAGAGGUGGCUCGGGCCACAGUAGAUGUAGAACUGCAUCUGGACCUACAUGGCAUGUUUGUACCCGAGAAGGAUCUGAAGAGCCAGGAGGACUGAAAGCACUGUCCAUUUCGUUAGUUGGACAUCCAAAUGAGACAACCCACCUACAGAACCUUGGGAAAUCCCUCUUUUGUCAUGUGGGAAGGACCAUUAUUGACCAAGCUCUUCUAUAAAGUAACUUUUCACUACAAAUAAUAGAGAUGGGCACAACUGGCAAAUAACUACUAGGUGUCAACAUAUAAAUAGGACAAACUCCAAAUAUUUCUCUUGCUCCCCCCACCACAGAAGUUGCGUGCAGUUUUGUGGAGCGUCCUGUUUCUGUCCAUAUAUCAUAUGAACUAACUCAUACAAAUGGAUGUUUGAGCAAGCAGAGGUAGUGUACUUACAGUGCUGUACAGCAGAGGGGCUCAACCCCCAUCCAAUGGUCAGAUCUGGCCCAUAGAGCCAUGUAAUCCAGCCUACAGGUCUCCCCACAAAUCUGGAAAUUUGGCAGUGGGGGAGUGGUGGCAAUUAACACUGCCAUCACUCCCCUGCUGCCAAAU